UCCAUACCUAGAGAUGACUAAAUCAUUAAUUUCUAAGGAUGAUGAAAAUAUUAAAAAUAUAUUAUUAUACAUAUAUAAGCCUCCUUUAUAUUAUGGAUAUGUAGGACCUUUUCUUUGUAUUUAUGUUUUGUUUGCCUUUAUAUGGAUGAAAUUUGGAAUUAAACAAAAUUAUGAGUUGGGGCUUAUAAUAUAUGUCAUCAUAUUACUUAUCAAUUUAUUAACAUUCUUAUUUUGUAUGUGGUCUGUAGACAUCAGGUCAUCCUUAUUAUGUACUCAAGUGAAAAAUCCAUAUGAAGCACAAUAUGCCAAAGUUAUGCCAAUCUCAAAUACUGGUGCUUGUGAAAUGGUUAAAAUAAACCAUAAAAAAUUAAAUAUAAAUUUUAGUAUGUGGAUAGAGUAUCAAAAAGUCAAAUAUAUAUUUGAUGAUGACAAGCAAAUUUUUCAACCAAUUAAAUAUCCAAUAUAUGAACAAUAUAAUUAUUAUCAUAAUUAUAAGGGUUUAACAGAUGAUUUUAAGGGUUUAAUAGAUAAUAAUUAUAUCAAUAUCAUGGAACAUGUUUAUGGAUUAAAUAAAAUGAAUAUAGAAAUUCCUGAUUUUAUGGAAUUGAUGAAAGAUAGAUCAACAUCCCCUUUCUUUGUGUUUCAAGUAUUAUGUGUUUGUUUGUGGUCUUUAUAUGACCAAUUUUAUUAUAGUUUGUUCACUUUACUCAUGCUAGUGGUAUUUGAAGCUACACUUGUUAAACAACAACUCAAAAAUAUGUCCGAAAUACGCAAAAUGGGAAACAAAAGUUUCAUAAUCAAUGUAUACCGAAAUAAAAGGUGGCGCUUAAUGUCCUCCGAAAAUCUUUUACCCGGUGACAUAUGCUCCAUAACGAGAAAUAAGGUUGUCCCAUGUGACGUGCUGCUUCUCAAGGGAACUUGCAUAGUGGAUGAAUCGAUGUUAACGGGUGAAUCAGUGCCCCAACCUAAAGAAUCUAUAGAAAAUGAGAAUGGCGAUCAGAUUUUGGAUCUAUCCAGCGAGGACUCCAAACUGAGGGUACUGUAUGGUGGGACUCACGUGAUACAAACCCUUACGCCCCCCAAUAAAAAUAAAAGUGGAUGGAAAAGUCCCGAUAACGGUUGCUUGGUACACGUUUUAAGAACCGGAUUCUCAACUAGCCAAGGUAAGCUAUUGAGUACUAUUUUAGGAGGGGUCAAGCUUAGGGGCGGGUUUGUCGGGGGAUCGGAAAAUUGGGAGACUUGUUGUUUCAUUGGACUUUUGCUCGUUUUCGCUAUAGCCGCUUCAAUAUACGUGUGGAUUCAAGGUACCUUAGACCCAGCUCGAAAUAGAUACAAGCUUCUUUUGGAAUGCGUUUUGAUAAUUACUUCGGUUGUACCACCUGAAUUACCUAUCGAACUUUCCUUAGCCAUUAACUCCUCCCUUCUGGCCUUGUCAAAAUUGAGCAUAUUUUGUACCGAGCCAUUUAGAAUUCCUUUUGCCGGUAAACUUGAUGUCUGUUGUUUUGACAAGACUGGAACCUUGACAACCGAUGAUUUUGUUAUAGAUGGCGUUGUAGAAUAUAUUUCUGAUAAAGAAAAUGAUGGAACUCAAGGUGGUGCCAUAAUGACCCAAAAAUUUGGCGAUAACAGUCUUGUUCCUCUUGAGGAAUGCAGCAGAAUAACUAAGAUGGUUCUAGGUACUUGUCAUUCUUUAAUUAAUUUGCCUAGAGGGGAACAAGAUGAUCAGCUAGAAUCGGGACCUAGAUUACCACGCACUCAUGGAUUGACCUGGGAUAUCAAUAUCAUAGGGGAUCCUUUGGAAAAGGCAAUUUUGCAGGAAUUGGGGUGGAAUUUGACUAAAAACGAUGUAGUGAUUGGAGUAAACAAGACCGUUCAUGAAUUAACAUGGUCACCUCUCAAAAUAUUGCACAGAUUUCACUUCCUUAGUGCUCUGAAACGAAUGUCGGUCAUUAUCAGUUACAAGGACAUGUUCAAUGUGAACAAGUUCAUUUACCAGGUGGUCAUUAAAGGAGCUCCGGAAGUGCUUAAACCUAUGUUUAUCAACGCACCUGAGGAUUACGACCAAACAUACCUAAAAUUCGCUAACAAAGGCGGAAGAGUUCUUGCCUUGGGCAGCCGCAUAUUGCCUGCGGAGCUUUUCGAUACCGGAAAAUCUAGUAACGCGACUAAAUUCGAACUAAACCAGGAUACCUUCGAAAAGGAAUUGAUUUUCAGGGGUUUUUUGAUUGUGUCUUGCCCUCUUAAAGCCAGCACAGGAAAAGCCAUUAACGAAUUGAUACAUUCUAAUCAUAAAAUCGUAAUGAUAACAGGUGAUAACCAUUUGACGGCCUGCCAUGUUGGUCACGAAUUAGGGAUUGUAUCGUCAAAACAAAUUUACAUGUUACAAAUACCCGCUUUCGAUACUGCAAUGGACGGGUAUGAUUUAUUAACAUGGAAACCACUGCAUAAUUCCAAUCCUAACCACAUACUUCGUUUAUGCCCUAGAAAAUUAACAUUCCAAUCCUUGCACCAAAUUCACCCCAGUUCUGAAUCAAAUCGCCGAGCGCAAUAUGAUUCACUCAAUGAAAUAAAGGAUAACAGAAUAGAUUUAUGCCUAACGGGACAAUCCUUUGAAUGGCUCCUUUCUUAUGUUUCUUCGAUUGACAAAAACAAAGACCUGAGUAAUAAGCUGAUGGAUUUUAUCUUGCUUAAGACCAAGAUUUUUUCCAGGUUUACGCCCACCCAAAAGGAAGCAGUGAUCUCAUCAUACAACAGAUCAGGCAAAGUUACUCUUAUGUGCGGAGAUGGAACCAACGAUGUAGGAGCACUUAAGCACGCCCAUAUAGGUGUCUCCAUAUUAUCUCACGGUGGUUCAUUAGACGAGAUCGAACUUGAUAAAAAUCUUCACAAAAAUCCCAAAGUUACACCAAAUUGUAAUAGCAACACUACCAUGUCGAAAAAAAAUUUACUCGAGAAAAGGAUAAAAAAUGCUAAAUUCAGUUCAUCGCCAAUCAAUAAUUCUAGCAUCGAUACUUCUAUCACAUCUGCUAAUACUCUUCUGAACAAGAAAUUGGAGGCUAAAAAAAAACUUGCAAAACUUUUGCAAGACAUUGAGAAAGAAGGCAUGGAUCCGGAUAUCGUUAAGCUCGGCGACGCGAGCAUCGCCGCACCGUUCACCUCCAAAAAUUCUUCCAUCCAAUGCGUUUGUCACAUAAUAAAGCAAGGACGAUGCACAUUAGUUACUACCCUGCAAAUGUACACCAUUUUAGCUCUUAACUCUUUGAUCUUAGCGUAUUCCCAGAGCGUGCUAUACCUACAGGGCGUUAAAUUUAGCGAUACUCAAGCCACCAUACAGGGUCUUCUACUAGCCAUUUGCUUUCUUUCCAUAUCCAGAUCUAAACCCUUAAAGCGUUUAUCAAUCGAAAAGCCUUUACCUAACAUAUUCAAUAUCUGCACUCUCUCUACCAUAUUCUCUCAAUUCUUCGUGCAUUUCUAUUGCUUGAUAUUCCUAUUCGAUUCGGCCGUUAAACUCUCGCCUCCCAAAGAAGCGAUAUUCGUCGAUUUGGAAGCUGAUUUCAAACCUAAUCUCAUUAAUACAACGGUCUACAUAAUUUCUCUAACUUUGCAGGUCUCCACGUUCGUCAUUAAUUAUCGGGGUAAGCCAUUCAUGGAAAGCAUGUACGAAAAUAAAGCCUUGUUGUACUCACUCAUCAUUCCCCUCUUAUGCACGCUUUGCUUAACCUUAAACAUAUUUCCGGCAUUUACAGCGUAUUUAGAAAUUGUGGAAUUGCCAUCUGAAUUCAAGUACGUGGUUCUUAGAAUCUUGUUCCUGGACAUUGCUGCAUCUUACACUGUGAAUUAUGUUCUUCAAAAGUUAUUCUGCAAAUGAAGAAUGUUUUAUAUUUUUUUAAACUUGAUUAAUUUGUAUGAUCCCAUUUAGUCCAAUUAUUUAUAUAUGUUUUUAUUUAAAAAAAUAUGUUAUGUCAAAUUUUAUUAUGGGUAAAUAUAAUAUAAUA